CGGCUGGGGCCUCUGCCUCUCGUCUCCAUCGCGAGCUCCGCAGUCCGCACGCCGCACGCUUCACGGCAUCAGCGACAGCAUCACUGGACACUGCAUCAGCCAUCAGCAGGACGAGGACGGCGGGAUCAAGGCCAGGGUCUGUCUCUCUCUGCGUGUCUCCCCGCACGCCACGCGAGCCCACGCAAGAUUGCUUACCCGGGAGAUGCGUGCCCGCCUCCAGAUCCCGCGUUCGAGCGCCGAGGCGCGCAAGCCACGCGACGGUUGCUGAGGCAAGCGAACCCCCUACUCCACUCUACUCCACUCUACUCUACUCUACUCUACUCUACUCCACUCCACCUGUAUCUUGUGAAGCUACUGAGUUUACUGCUGAUGACAUGCCACUGCUGCGCCUACGCAUAUUUUUUUCACUUUGAUGUUGUGUGAAAGAAAAUCGCGUUACAGCGACAGUUCGAGCGGUGGAGGGUUGGUGGAUGGCGGUGACAUCGAAGCUUUGCGCUUUUUGCUGCUGCAGGACCCAUUCUACACCGAGGAAGGGUGGGAUGUCAAUCGGAUUUCUCUAGUGCAAAUCAUGGUUGCAAGUUCGGUUUUUUACCUAAGAUUUUCUUUUUGUCAGAGACAUGGGGUAUCUUUUCUCAAAGUGGACUACAUUUCUCCCCCUCGUAGUCAAUAUUUUUCUUUGACUUUUAAUUUAUGUGCAGUAUCCUAAAUCAUUGAAUCAUAGUAGGAUAUCCAUGACAGAUCACAUAAACAACACGUGCAAUACAAUACAUCACUGGGCAGUUGGGCCUGUGCAAGAUGCGUUCAGGAACUCAGGAUCACUAUCCCCAAAUCGCUCCUAUCACUGUCAUGUAACUACCAUCUGGGGAAUCAAGAAUGGUCCUGCCGUGCAAGCAAGCCAUUAACGUUCCCCAUAGGAUAAGCAUGUGACUAUGCAAAUGUCCCGGCACAAAUUGUACCUUAGCAUGGUUAUAAGAAUAUUGUAUUUGUUUUCUCUUUCUCUCCUUUUCUAUUCACCGCACAUGUUGAGAUCACUAUACAAAUCAUGACACAAAGUUUUGUUUUUAUGUGACACUACCAUACGAAAUGGAUAAGGAAACGUGUGGCUUUUUUCCAGGAUAAUUGCAAGAGUUUCAUUAUUGUAGCUAUUUGUUCCUCAUGACCAUAGUACUGCUUUGCACUUUGAUAAUUUUGUAAGAAAAUAAAAUUCAUGAUCUAAUAAUAAUUGAUAAGGCCCUUCUCACUAUGUGGCUAACUGGUAAGGACUCAGCAAUUCUCUUCCUCUCGAACUGUGGCUAGCAUGGAUGCCGGAGUGCUUGAAACCUCAAUUUGUCUGAAAUUGUUGCACCCAAGCAAUACUUGCUUGCGUCACUUGAGAUGUGGACCAUUUUUUGACUGGUUUCGGAGCUGGAAAUGUCAAUUAGUUUCCUUCCCUUGUUGAUUAAUUGCCCACUGUGAUAGAGAUUUUGCACCCUAUGGCCUCCACAAGAGUUACUUAGUAGAGACGCACAUUGAAAGGGCUUCCAAGACAAGUGAAGCUCACUAGCUCAGCCUUCAGUUGCUUCCCACGCUUCACCAACUGAACAAGGUUUAUAUAUAUAUAUCAUAUAUCCUACCUUGUACUUAUUCUUAGAUUAAGGAAACUAUUAGUCAGCGCAACCAACUGAAGGAUACGCCAUGGGUGUUCUGACACUGGUUCAUAUCCUUGUCAGCUUUGCUGCUUGUGCUGAAGCUCUAAGGAGAGCAGACUUCCCUCAAGGUUUUGUCAUCGGCACUGCUUCUUCAGCUUACCAGUAUGAAGGCGCUGUCAAUGAGGGUCGACGUGGACCUACAAUAUGGGAUACUCUCACAAGACGACCUGGUCGGGUGAUAGAUUUCAGCAAUGCUGAUAUUGCCGUUGAUCACUACCAUCGUUAUAAGGAAGAUGUGGACUUGAUUAAGGACAUUGGCAUGGAUGCAUACCGGUUCUCUAUAUCAUGGUCUCGUAUCUUUCCAAAUGGAACUGGUGAACCUAAUGAAGAAGGAUUGAAUUACUAUAACAGCCUCAUAGAUGUUCUAUUAGACAAAGGUAUACAACCAUAUGUAACACUCUUUCACUGGGACCUUCCGCAAGCACUAGAAGACAGAUAUGGUGGAUGGUUAAACUCCCAAAUCGUGGAUGAUUUCGUUCACUAUGCCUCUACUUGCUUCAAGGAAUUUGGAGAUAGAGUGAAACACUGGAUCACUUUCAAUGAGCCCCAUAAUUUUGCGAUUGAUGGCUAUGACCUUGGCAUCCAGGCACCUGGGAGGUGUUCUAUUCUGUCUCAUAUAUUCUGUAGAGAGGGCAAAUCAUCAACUGAACCAUAUGUUGUAGCUCACAACAUACUCUUAGCGCAUGCUGGUGCUUUUCAUUCUUAUAAGCAGCAUUUCAAGAAAGACCAAGGAGGUAUCAUUGGCAUUGCACUUGAUUCAAAGUGGUAUGAACCAUUGUCAGAUGUUGAUGAGGACACAGAGGCAGCAGCACGAGCAAUGGACUUUGAGCUUGGAUGGUUCCUGGAUCCCUUAAUGUUUGGCCACUAUCCUCCUUCUAUGCAGAAACUUGCAGGCGAUAGGCUGCCUAAGUUUUCAACUCAGGCUUCGAAGUUAGUAUCAGGCUCAUUAGAUUUUGUGGGCAUAAACCACUAUACUACAUUGUAUGUUAGGAACGACAGAAUGCGGAUCAGGAAACUUGUAAUGAAUGAUGCUUCAACUGAUGCUGCGAUCAUACCUACUGCUUAUAGACAUGGAAAGAAAAUAGGAGACACGGCAGCGUCAGGAUGGCUGCAUAUAGUACCCUGGGGCAUGUUCAAGCUGAUGAAGCACAUCAAAGAAAAGUAUGGAAAUCCUCCUGUGAUCAUUACUGAAAACGGCAUGGAUGACGCGAACAAUCGAUUCUCGAGAUUAGAGAAUGAUCUGCAGGAUGAUAAACGGAUACAGUACCACAACGACUACAUGUCUAACCUCCUAGAUGCAAUAAGGAAGGAAGGCUGCAACGUCCACGGCUACUUUGUAUGGUCACUGCUAGAUAACUGGGAGUGGAACUCUGGGUACACGGUGCGGUUUGGACUCUACUACAUUGACUACAACAACAACCUGACAAGGAUUCCCAAGGCGUCAGUGGAAUGGUUCAAGCAGGUCUUAGCCCAAAAGACGGCUAAUUUGGAGUACAGUGGUUCGACAAUAGCCAGUAGUUAAGUGUAUAUAAUAUCUACAGCUACCAUCUCUACAUGCUUUGCGUACCUUUGGAUUAGAUUGUGAUUAUUCUCAAAUGUAUAUAGCCCACCAUUUGGACGACCUUCAACCGUCCAGUUGAAUGUGUCGUUAUGCUUGUCAUACAUGGCCUUGUUUAGUUCACCCCAGAAACCAAAAACUUUUCAA